AUGGUCCGCCAGCACACCGAGCUCAAGUUCAAUAUCGUGGCCGUUGAGCGUCUUCAGGAAUCCAUUGACCUUAAGCCUGAAGCCUCAGAGAUCAAUCCCGACAACCGUCCACCACAGGAAUGGCCAACUCAGGGACGCGUUGAGUCCAUCGACUACGAGACCAGAUAUCGCUCAGGACUCAAUCUUGUCAUCCGCGGCGUCAACUGCUCGAUCAACCCUCACGAGAAGAUCAACAUCUGCGGCCGAACAGGAGCAGGCAAGUCCAGCUUGACCCUGUCGCUCUUCUGCACCAUCGAGGCCACCGAGGGACAGGUCUUUGUUGAAGGCAUCGAUAUCUCGACCCUGGGGUUGUACGAUGUCUACUCUAGACCCGACGUCGAGCUGCGGCAGACACUCGAGUACUCGUAUCUCAAGGACUAUGUCUCUGCCAUGGAAGAAAGACUCAAUGCGACGGUGCUUGAGGGAGGCGGCAAUUUCUCGAUGGGCCAAAGGCAGCUGAUCUGCCUUGCACGGGCACUUCUCCGCAAGACCAACCUGUUGGUCCUGGACGAGGCGACGGCGGCGAUUGAUCUGGAGGCGGACGCGCUGGUGCAGGCGAUUAUUCGGCAGAUAUUCUGCGAGUACAUGAUCCUGACGAUUGCGCAUCGGGUCGACACGGUGAUGGAUAGCGACAGGAUCAUGCUUGACACGUCGGCGGCAUUGCUGGCGGACCAGAGCUCGAUCUUUCACUCUCUUGCCAAGCGGUCUGGGAACGCGUAG